AUGCCACCUGAAAUAAGGCGUCAAGUAUGGAAACUUGCUCUUUUGGGUGCAAAUAUGUCGGUGAUAUCCAUCAAGGCAUAUCCUGCAAAUUGCGAGCUUGUCCAAUAUUCUAGUGUCUCGUCGGUAGCUCUAGCUUGCAGAGAAGCUUCUGUUGAGUGGGCCAUGAUCAGUUGUCGCUUCUCGGAACACUUUCCCGUCAAUGUCUGCCUCCAGCGUACAAUCUGCCUGAUACAAGGCAUUCCACGCUCUUCCGCGACGCCAGCGAGGGAGCCCUGUCUCGAGGUGGAUAUGGCAUCCCGCAUACGACAUGUUGCUUUUCUCUUCCCAUCAAAUGUAAAUUUGAAGGAGAUUUUUGCCGCUUUCUCGACUUUUCACCACCUCCAAACUAUAAUCGCCGUCCCUCCUCCGUGUUCCAUCAAUGACGUAAGACAUUUGGACCGCCACGGAAUUUCACAAAUCGCGCGGGGUCUUGCAGAAUUGGCUGAUGAGCCUCCCACCGGCUCGCAAAAUGGUAAGUCUGGCCAUGUUGGACUUCUUUUCAGGGGAGAUCCACCAAGUCAGGCAGUGAGGGCUUUCUACAGCCGCAGCGACGCGCCCCAAAUAAAGCUUCUUACACCACGACGCAGCCAGCCCUCCUUGCACGAUCCGAUGCUUAGGAGCUCGUCGCUAACUUUCUCACUCAUUCACUAUGCAUAG